AUGGCAAAUCUUGCGUCAAUUCCCCAAGAAUCCAACAACGAUACAUUAACAUCAAAUACAUCCGCUACCACAACAAAAGAAAUUAAAGAUGAAAUGGACAUAUUUGGCGAAGCUGAAAAUUUGUGUGAUUUUUUCGUAGAACCAGAACAGCUGAAUAAGUUUGAACGAUUUGAUCCAGAUCCAACGAUUUACAAUUCAUACAUAAUCAGUCAUAACAAUGCACCGCUAAACACGCUAUCAAAUCGUCGAAUAGAAGCCUAUUUGAAAGGAUUUGAAGUCGACGCAAGACACCAUGCAGAUUUGGACGUUGCUAAUAGAAGCACCGUGUCGCAAGAGACGUUGCUAUAUUUUAUGAUGGGAUGUCGUGAAAGCUUAUUUGUUUCAUUAGAGAAAAAUGAGGAGGAAUCUAAUGAUUCAAGAUAUUACUGGAUUUUACCGUCAUAUUGUGUUAUUUGUGGCAAACUAUUCCACGAGUCAAUUGAAUGCCAGGAAACUACAUUACAAGAAUGUGACGAAUUUACCACAGUCGACGACGUAAAGGAAUUGGUAGACGCUUUAAAUCAAUGCACAACACGAAAAUUCGAUGUAAUCGAAUUCACACGAAAACCCGAUAAAAAUUCAUACGAAGUCAACGACGAGAUAUUAUGUGCGCAACAUGAUGAAAUAUUACGUCUAGUUUCGGAAAACAAAGUGAACAUCAACAAUCUAAAGAUCGUAAAUUAUAAAUUCACAAAAUCAUCAUUAAUAAGACUUGGCGAAGCAUUAGCAACAAACACAAAAAUAUCAAAGUUAGACAUUUCCUUUAAUGAAAUAACCCCAAAAGUCGUCAGCGCGAUGACAAAAGCGUUAAAAACGAAUCGAACAUUAGUUGAAUUAUCAAUGAAACCCUCUGGCUAUAAAAAAAUCAAAAUUGAAAUUAAUCAUUUAGUCAAUUUACGACGUGUUUUGGAGGAUAAUACUCGCUUGGAAAAUUUCUCAUUUGAUCAAAGUAUUGCGAGUCAUGUAAAAACACCGGUUCGUAGGGAAUGGAUCAUCGAAGAACUGGUGAGCUCGAUUCAAAAUUUGAUGUCUCGUAGUAUUAUCUACCGAGAAAAUAAUGCAAUUGCGGCAGGCCAACUAUUACGAUUAUUUAGGGCUUUAUUGUUUAAUAAUCCAACAAAGAAACAAAAGAAAUUUACGUGGCCCUUUGAGAUUUGGUCGAUAAUUAUCGAAAUAUUUUGCGAAAAUGAACGAGUGUUAGGUGAUAGUUUUCGACGGGUAUUAAUGUUUGCGAAUACAAAAAAUACAUUAUUAAAAACGAUUACGAAAAGAAAUUUUUUAGAUUAUUAUUGUAAUUUGGUACCAUUGGAAUCAUUAUUAGUCCCUCAAAUCUGGGAAAAUGAGCGCAUUUAUAAUGACCUAUAA